AUGCGUACGGUCAUUCCUCCGAAGUACCGCAAGAGUAUCUUGGAUGUGCUGCACGAAGGGCAUCUAGGACUCACCAAAAUGAAGAUGCUCGCUAGAUCGUAUGUUUGGUGGUCUGGAUUGGAUAACGACAUCGCAGCCAAAGUCAAAAGUUGUGAAUCUUGUGCCUCAACCGCAGAUGACAUUCAACCAGUCCCUCUACACCGUUGGGAACGCCCAGAACAUCCUUGGACGAGACUGCAUGCCGAUUUUGCGGAGUACGACAAGAAACACUUUCUAGUGGUUAUAGAUGCUCAUAGCAAGUGGCCGGAAGUUGUCCAAGUACGCCGUCAGACUGUGACUGACACCUUGAAGGCCUUCCAAGAAAUCUUCCUGCGGCAGGGUACCCCUGAGCAGUUGGUGACCGAUAAUGGCCCACAGUUCACCAGUGCUGAUUUCAAAUCCUUCUUGGAGCUACGGGGAAUCCGUCACAUUCUCACUCGUCGUGCUCAAGCUGGGAAGGAGGAGGAGCCUGUUGGAACGUUUCUCGCGAAAUACAGAGCUACCCCACAUGUGUCGACCGGCAAGUCACCCUGCGAGCUGCUAAACAAGAGACUCUUCAGGAUGACUCUAGACCUGGUCCGACCAUCCCGGCGCGAAAGUGGCGAUGUCGUCAUGCCACUCACACAGAACAAGUCUACCAGGAAUUUCCAGGUCAUGGAAAAGGUCUGGGUAAAGGAUCCAACUCAAAAACAUCACUGGAUCAAGGGCGUCGUCUUGGGACGCAUAGGUAAUGUUAUAUACGACGUGGACGUGGAAGGUAAGAAGCGCCGCCGUGUUCACGCCGAUCACUUGAAGAGAAGAAUCUCUGCGGACGAUGUGCCAAAUGCUGAUGUCGAGAGCACAACCCGUCCAACUGGUCGAUUAGAUCUCCCAGUGGGUCUUGCCUUCAGCUCCCGGCACCCAACUGAGAUACUUCCUCACGAUGACCUCCCUGCGUCGUCGUCCAUGGCGUCUCCUGAUCGUCGGCCCCCUGUCCCUACCAGAAGAUAUCCUGUGCGUCGUCGGAGAUCUCCCGCACGCUUCAAAUUCACAACGUUAGGAGGGAGGGAUGUAGUGGAUGACGACGACGUUACGGAAGAUGAACAACGAGCCGCGUGA